UUCUUCAAGAGCGGCUUCAAGAAUGUCGUUCUUCUUGACGCAUCCCCAACUGGAAACGCCGAAAGCGAUCAUACGAUUGCCCCCAUAGGCGUCCGUGUAAUCCCUCACUGCCUCUCCUGCUAAUUUCAUUAUGCCCAACUGAAAUCCACCCGUGACUAUCCAGCAGCCACUAUCGGCGGCUUUCCAGAGACCCUUUUUGAAGAUCAUUUUGAGCUUUCGUUUCUUUUCAAAAUCUGUCCCGAAGACGGUGAUAAUUAGAGUAGGUGGCCUCAAGCCCCAUCGACGUUGCAAUAGAUCCCUAAUUGCACUGUCAGACAUGUGGGGGGAGAGCUUGGCGAACCUAGCGGUUUGAUUAAGGCCAGUGAAUUCGAUUUCCCCAUGAAAACGAUGAACUUGAGAGGGUCUUCGUAUUGA